CCUCCGAGCGCUCGCCGGCGCGCGGCUGGUAAGAGGAGAGCCCUGGAGCUGUUUUCUCCUUGAUGCCAAGAUCUGCCCAAGCUAGGAGCACUCUCCACCUUUCACGGUCAUCCACCGAGAAUAGGCCUGUGGGACGUGGGGACGAAGACCAGAGCUUUGCUGCGUCCCAGCUCCUCCCUGCUGUCUGAGUGUCGCCUGUCUCCGGGACCGAGGAGCACCAGCAUGGUUCCGCCCGUCAGCCGCCCUCAGCCACCCUGCUGCUGACGCUGCUCUGGAGAGACUGGGGGGCCGCUGUGCCCAUGCUCGUCCAGGCCGUGGGGCCUGGGGCCCGCCAAGGCUAGGAGCGAGGCCUGCCAUUCAUGGGUCUCUAGGGAUUUCCGAGAUGCCUGGGAAGAGGGGCUGGGGCUGGUGGUGGGCCCAGCUGCCCCUUUGCCUGCUCCUCAGCCUUUCUGGGCCCUGGGUGCCUUCCUCCCUGGGGAAGCCCAAAGGCCACCCCCACAUGAAUUCCAUCCGCAUAGACGGGGACAUCACUCUGGGAGGCCUGUUCCCAGUGCAUGGCCGGGGCUCAGAGGGCAAGGCCUGCGGAGAACUCAAGAAGGAGAAGGGCAUCCACCGGCUGGAGGCCAUGCUAUUUGCUCUGGAUCGCAUCAACAAUGACCCGGACCUGCUGCCCAACAUCACGCUGGGCGCCCGCAUUCUGGACACCUGCUCCAGGGACACCCAUGCCCUGGAGCAGUCGCUGACCUUUGUGCAGGCGCUCAUCGAGAAGGACGGCACAGAGGUCCGCUGUGGCAGUGGCGGCCCGCCCAUCAUCACCAAACCGGAGCGCGUGGUGGGCGUCAUUGGUGCUUCCGGGAGUUCCGUCUCCAUCAUGGUGGCCAACAUCCUUCGCCUCUUCAAGAUCCCCCAGAUCAGCUACGCCUCCACAGCCCCCGACCUGAGUGACAACAGCCGCUACGACUUCUUCUCCCGCGUGGUCCCCUCGGACACGUACCAGGCCCAGGCCAUGGUGGACAUCGUGCGCGCCCUCAAGUGGAACUACGUGUCCACGCUGGCCUCGGAGGGCAGCUACGGCGAGAGCGGCGUGGAGGCCUUCAUGCAGAAGUCCCGAGAGGAUGGGGGUGUGUGCAUCGCCCAGUCUGUCAAGAUACCUCGGGAGCCCAAGCCUGGGGAGUUCGACAAGAUCAUCCGGCGGCUCCUGGAGACGUCAAACGCCAGGGCGGUCAUCAUCUUUGCCAAUGAGGAUGACAUCAGGCGUGUGCUGGAGGCGGCACGGAAGGCCAAUCAGACCGGCCACUUCUUCUGGAUGGGCUCGGACAGCUGGGGCUCCAAGAUCGCCCCUGUGCUGCACUUGGAGGAGGUGGCCGAGGGCGCCGUCACCAUCCUCCCCAAGAGGAUGUCCGUGCGAGGCUUUGACCGCUACUUCUCCAGCCGCACGCUGGACAACAACCGGCGCAACAUAUGGUUUGCCGAGUUCUGGGAGGACAACUUCCACUGCAAGCUCAGCCGCCACGCGCUCAAGAAGGGCAGCCACGUCAAGAAGUGCACCAACCGGGAGCGCAUCGGGCAGGACUCGGCAUAUGAGCAAGAGGGGAAGGUGCAAUUUGUGAUCGACGCUGUGUACGCCAUGGGCCACGCGCUGCACGCCAUGCACCGAGAUCUGUGUCCGGGCCGCGUGGGGCUCUGCCAGCGCAUGGACCCCGUGGACGGCACCCAGCUGCUCAAGUACAUCCGCAAUGUCAACUUCUCAGGCAUUGCGGGGAACCCUGUGACUUUCAAUGAGAAUGGAGACGCACCCGGGCGCUAUGACAUCUACCAGUACCAGCUGCGUAACGGCUCGGCCGAGUACAAGGUCAUCGGCUCCUGGACGGACCACCUGCACCUCCGAAUAGAGCGGAUGCUCUGGCCGGGGAGCGGCCAGCAGCUGCCCCGCUCCGUCUGCAGCCUGCCCUGCCAGCCAGGCGAGCGGAAGAAGACGGUGAAGGGCAUGCCCUGCUGCUGGCACUGCGAGCCCUGCACAGGGUACCAGUACCAGGUGGACCGCUACACCUGCAAGACCUGUCCCUACGACAUGCGGCCCACGGAGAACCGCACGGGCUGCCGGCCCAUCCCCAUCAUCAAGCUCGAGUGGGACUCGCCCUGGGCCGUGCUGCCCCUCUUCCUGGCCGUGGCGGGCAUUGCCGCCACGCUCUUCGUGGUGGUCACCUUCGUGCGCUACAACGACACGCCCAUCGUCAAGGCCUCGGGCCGCGAGCUGAGCUACGUGCUGCUGGCGGGCAUCUUCCUGUGUUAUGCCACCACCUUCCUCAUGAUCGCCGAGCCCGACCUGGGUACCUGCUCUCUGCGCCGGAUCUUCCUGGGGCUCGGCAUGAGCAUCAGCUACGCGGCCCUGCUCACCAAGACCAACCGCAUCUACCGCAUCUUCGAGCAGGGCAAGCGGUCGGUCAGCGCCCCGCGCUUCAUCAGCCCCGCCUCGCAGCUGGCCAUCACCUUCAGCCUCAUCUCCCUGCAGCUGCUGGGCAUCUGCGUGUGGUUCGUGGUGGACCCAUCCCACUCGGUGGUGGACUUCCAGGACCAGCGGACACUGGACCCCCGCUUCGCCAGGGGGGUGCUCAAGUGUGACAUCUCAGACCUGUCGCUCAUUUGCCUGCUGGGCUACAGCAUGCUGCUGAUGGUCACGUGUACCGUGUACGCCAUCAAGACGCGCGGUGUGCCCGAGACCUUCAACGAGGCCAAGCCCAUCGGCUUCACCAUGUACACCACCUGCAUUGUCUGGCUCGCCUUCAUCCCCAUCUUCUUCGGCACCUCGCAGUCGGCAGACAAGCUGUACAUCCAGACGACGACGCUGACGGUCUCGGUGAGUCUGAGCGCCUCGGUGUCCCUGGGGAUGCUCUACAUGCCCAAGGUCUACAUCAUCCUCUUCCACCCGGAGCAGAACGUGCCCAAGCGCAAGCGCAGCCUCAAAGCCGUCGUCACCGCCGCCACCAUGUCCAACAAGUUCACGCAGAAAGGCAGCUUCCGGCCCAACGGCGAGGCCAAGUCCGAGCUCUGUGAGAACCUGGAAGCCCCCGCGCUGGCCACCAAACAGACCUACGUCACCUACACCAACCAUGCCAUCUAGCUCAGCCCCUGGAGCCGCCCAGGAGGAGGAGGACGGAGACCCUGGUGGAUGGUGCGUCGGGCCAGGGCCACGCCCAGGGGCCCAGCCGAUGUCCUUCCCGCCUGUGGGCGCCCGUGGACAUGGCUUGGUGCUGCUGACAGUGGGACCCCCGGCAGUCACUGCUGGGUGCCCUGGACAAGCUGGGCCGGGGCCAGGAGGAGGCUGGGGGUGCUGGGAAGCCUCAGGCCACCUGAGCACCUGCGUCCUGGACCACGGCCCCUCCCCACCCCAAACCACCGAGGCUCAGGUUGGGAGGCGCCCCGCGCUGGUUUUCUCCCUCGUCUCUGCCUGUCCUGUUGGUGACUCAGUCUCCAUCCCAGUCUUUCGUUCUCUUCUCUCUCUGUAUCACCUUUUCUCGCCGUGUGUCUCUGUCUAUGCGCUCUCUGCUUUUUCUGUAUCUCCCCUCUUUCUGUCUCUGCCUUUUCUCUGCCGUCUCCAGCUCUCCCCGUCUUUUCUCUUCUGCUCCGCCCAUCUCUCCUCUCGUGCAUUUUUGUUUCCUGUCCUCAGCCCCCUCCUCGCCUUCAUUUCCCUCUCCCUGCCAUCUCUUGCCAAUUCACCAAAUCCUACAUGUCACUAAAGAGAAAAAAAGGGAAAAAAAAAAAAUCAAAACACA